AUGGCUAUCGGACAAGUGGUGUAUUUAUCGCCUGCUGUUUCGGCCGUCAAGGCGAGGCUUAAAUCGGGUACAGUGAUCAAAGUGCUGGCAGUGAAAUCGAAAGAGGGGAAUCGUGAAGGUUCUGGCAACAGCAGCGGCAGCGGCUGCGCGAGUAACGCUGCGGUUGAAGAAAAAGCAAGAGCGGAUGGGGAUGAGGAGAGUCCAGAGGUCUCUGAUUCCACGCAUCUCCCGCUGGCAGCUGCUCAAGGUAACACCACCACCACUCCGUCUGGGAGUUCCCACGCCGGAAACUCCUCCCCACAAGGCGCUGACUCAGACUCUGCGCGUGUCUCCGCCGCACUUCAUGCGCCACUCUCGCGCGCGCACAUGGUGCACUACGUGGACGUGCACCUGCCGUGGUCGCACUCCCUCUGCGCCUGCUGCCUCCCCCGCAUGCUCCGCCCAUCCCCGCUCGUCGCCUUUCACGUCUCCUCGCUCGCAUCGCUGCGCAACCACCUGAGCAAGCCUUUGCCGCCCCCUUUUCCACCCUUCCGCUUCGGCCAUAAGCCCCCGCGCUUCAUCACCGCCUACUCCGCCACCGUCCCGCUCUGCGCCCCUCCGCUCCGCCCUCCAGGCGGUGCUACUGCUGGCGCUGGCGCCUCUGCUGCAGCUGCUGCUGCCAGUGCUGCUGCUGAAGAGCGCGCAGCAGCGCCGUCGGUGAAGCAGCAGUAUCGGUGGAAGGUGGAUUCGGCGCCUGUGGUCGCAGCAGAGGGGAUGAUGCUCGAGUGGCUGGCAGAGCCACGUGUCGGCCUGCUACUGGACCUCCAGGCGACACGGCGCCAGCUGGCGAAACGUCUGGGGAUGGAUGAGCUCGCUUCUGCACGCGCUACAGCAGCCAGGGCGGGGCGUGCCGGCCGCCGUGCUACAGCCGGCCGCGAAGCACUAUGGUGGUGCUGCUGGCAGUGCUCCUCUUGCUUCGCCUCUUACCGUCACGCCGUGUCCGUUGCUGCGUUCCUCGUGCUUGUCGCCAAGUUCCCCCGCUUCGUCACUCUCUGGCGCGCGAACGUGCGCUCUCCCAACUCUACUCUCGUGAGUCUGGCGUUUCAGUUUGGCGCGGGGCGGCAGGCUGGGGGCGACUGCUUGGCGUCGCUGCUGGUGCAGGUGCUGGGAGUGAAGGGGAAGCAGCAGCUGGAGACCGGCUUUGCUGCCCACCUGCUGCCGCUGCUGCCGGGGGGGAGGGACGCGCAUGGGGUGACGGGAGAGGAAGGGGGAAGUCCGGGUAGGGAGGUGGGAGAGGGGAAGGAGUGGAGGGAGGGGUUGGGAGGGGUGGAGUGGGAGGAGUAUUUGCAGCGCGUGGGGGAGAUUGCCGCCCAGGGAGGGCUGGCAGGCGAGCAGUACCGCUGCUGCUGCUCGCAGUGUGGUGAAGGCGGGGGAGCAAUUGCGAAGGAUAGUCGGGGCAAGAAGAAGAAAGGAUGUCGAAACAGCAACAGCAGCAGCAGCAGCAGCAGCGACACUGGUAGUGUCGCUGGCAGUGGCAGUGGCAGUGGCAUGGUGAUAUCCGGUGUGGACCCCACCGAGUUCGCUGUCAAGUGUGCUUUCAACUUCGCUGAACCGUGGUUUGCGAGUUGUGGUGCGAGUAUGUUUAACGAGUCAGCUAAUAACAGGUACAAGGAGAGGGUGGAGGAUGCUGCAGUGGAGGAGGCGUGGAGCCGGCUGGCUGUGGGAGUGGUAAAUGAGGAGAGGAGUGGUGUGAUUCGCGGAGAGGGGAGCGGAAGGAAGGGUGCUGCGAGAGGGGGUGGGAGUGGAAAAGAGAAUUUGGAGCAGAAGCAAGGAAAGGGUGCUGGUAAGGAAGCUAAGGAUGAAGGGAAAGCAGUGGGAGAAAAGGCAGCAGCAACGGCAGCAGCAGCAGCAGCAGCAGCAGCAGCAGCGGGAAGCAGUGCCAGGCUAGUGCCCGUGAACAGUAACGCAGUGGUUGGGGUGUUCACGUAUCGAGUCACCUCCCUGCUGCGAUGGGUGCGGCUUUACGGCCCCAGGGUCAACCCUCCCAAGUACUGUGGCUGCUUCACUCCGAAAAGGCCAAACACCGCUCUCCCACACCCAGUCCACGACCUUCCGAACUUGCUUCUCAGGUUCGGCGCCGUGCCGAAGCCGGUCACUGGCCCAGGCUCGGAAGGUGAAGCAGCGAGCGGGUGGGAGGAGUUCCCAGAGGGGGACAGGGAGGAGCUGGAAGCCUAUGAGGAGGAUCCGUGGGGGGAUAUGGGGCUCAACACCUUUAACACGGGAGAUUUCCGGGAUGGUACACCUGAGGUGGAAGAGCACACGAAGGAGGCCAACGAGAGGUACAUCAUGAUGCCCCCGCCUGACGUCACCCCUCUCUGGAAAAGCCCCAGCCCUCCCUACUACGAAACGCUUGCUGCCCGCGUGGAGAAGUUUCUUAGAAGAUUCGCCCCGAGGAGGCUGGCAGUGGAGGGGAGCAAUGGCCGUCUAGCAUCCGCCAUUGCCACAUGGGUGGGGCGCUUGGGGCUGGGCAAGCGCAGCUGGGCAGCACUGGCCUUAGGACCUCUCUCGGAUGCGAAGCUGCAGAUGCUGCUGCGGUCUCAACAGGAGAUGGACGAGUUUCUGGAGAUGCUGGCUGGGGAUCUUACUCCUGUGCCCGCCUGCACGCGCUGCAUGUGCUGCGCUGCUCUGUACUACGAGUUUGUCAUCAUGGUGUCCCUCGCUGCGACCUUCGCCCUCCGCCCAUCCGUCAUGCUGCUGCGCUGCAUCCUCUCGCUCUUCCCACCCUCCUCGCCGCAGCUCAAGGCCCUUCUGGCUGCUGUGGGCGUGGCGCCCAUCCCUGCAGCGGUCCCAGACUCGCUGGUGGCGCCGCUGCUGGAAGGCGUGAUGGAGGAGAAGCGCGUGCGCUUCCUGUUCCAUGCCAUCAAGCUGCUCUACCAGAACCAGUCGUAUGCCAAGCUCCUGGAGCCUAUCGAAGAAGGGUCUGGGGUGAACAUUUACGAGCCGCGGGGCAGGCAGGGGAAGCAGAGGGAGGGGGAGGAGGAGUGGUGCAUCUGGGAGGAGGUGGACAGCUGGCGGAUUGCAGCGGAGAGGGCUUGGCCGGUGCUGGAGCUCCGUAGCGUGGCAGUACUGGAGCUGGAUACUGGCGGGGCGGCUGAACGGCAGGUGAAGGUUUGUGAGCGCAUGCGGCGUGUGAUGGCGGAAGAGGAGGUGAAGAAGAGGAAGCAAGCUCAGGCUGGCGGUGCUGCUGGGGAGGGCGCGAGUGGGAGCAGCAGCACUGGAAGCUGCAAGGGCAUGGGGAAGGGGAAGAGUGUGGGGGGAAUGGAGGGGAAAAGCGGGAGUGGGGAGGGGCAUGGGGGGAGGGCAGGGGCAUCAUACCUGGAGCCGUGGCCGGGGGGGGUGAAUCCUCUGGCGUGUUUGAGGGAGAUGCUGCUGGGGGAGACCAGCCACUGCCCCCAGGCCCACGUGGACGCCCUUUCUGCUGCCGACACUGCUGCUGCUCCCCAUGCUGCUGCCACUGGUGAGGGGAACAGAGUUGGGAGCAAGGCAGGGCCGCGAGGCUGUGCCUCCCCGCGGUGUGGCAAGGUGGAAGGGGCAGGCGUGCAGCUGAAGCUAUGCUCGCGGUGUGGCAAGGUUGCCUACUGCAACAGGGAGUGCCAGAAGGCCCACUGGUCCUCGCACAAGCUCACGUGCCAGCCCAAGGCAAAGGGGGGAGGUGAGGCAUAG